CGCCCCAGCUGCGGGGCACUUGUUCGACCGCAGCCCGGGGGCGAUGCUGGUGCGUGUCAGGAGGCAGCCGCAUCCAGCCUGCCUCUCGCUCCCCUGCAGGAGAGAGAGAGCGAGCCAGACGGCGCGAGGGAGCCUGUCUGCCAAGUGCUGCUCCCUGGUGCUCAGAGCCUGCUCCGUCUCCAACUCCCAUUCAUUUUGCCGGCUAACAUGAGAGAUCAUGGCCGCCUUCGGGCUUCUCAGCUAUGAGCAGAGACCGCUCAAACGCCCCCGCCUGGGGCCGCCCGACGUCUACCCGCAGGACCCCAAGCAGAAGGAGGAUGAACUUACUGCAGUGAAUGUAAAGCAGGGUUUCAAUAAUCAACCAGCCUUCUCUGGAGAUGAACAUGGAUCUGCUAGAAACAUCGUCAUUAAUGCCUCAAAGAUUGGGGCUUAUUUUAGCAGCAUAUUAGCAGAAAAGCUAAAGCUUAAUACUUUCCAGGACACAGGAAAGAAGAAACCACAAGUAAAUGCCAAAGAUAAUUAUUGGCUGGUUACUGCUCGCUCUCAGAGUGCAAUUCACAACUGGUUCACAGAUUUAGCAGGAAGUAAACCACUGACCAUUUUAGCAAAAAAGGUUCCUAUUCUUAGUAAAAAAGAGGAUGUCUUUGCUUAUUUAGCAAAAUAUUCUGUGCCACUACUGCGAGCAGCAUGGCUGAUCAAGAUGACAUGUGCCUACUAUGCUGCUGUUUCCGAAGCUAAAAUUAAAAAACGUCAAGCUACUGAUCCAAAUAUUGAAUGGACUCAAAUCUCAACCCGGUACCUUCGAGAGCAGCUGGCAAAGAUUGCAGAAUUUUAUCAUGUGACCGCAAACCAAGGUGGUGGUUCAGUAGCUAUGCCUCAAGAGGUGGAACAAGCUCUGAAGCAGUGGGAAUAUAAUGAAAAGUUGGCAUUUUAUUUGUUCCAGGAGGGAAUGCUUGAAAGACAUGAGUAUUUGACAUGGAUACUGGAUGUUCUGGAAAAAAUCAGACCGACAGAUGAUGAACUUCUUAAACUCUUGUUACCACUAAUGUUGCAGUAUUCAGAAGAGUUUGUUCAAUCAGCCUACCUGUCCCGUCGCCUCGCUUAUUUCUGUGCCAGACGACUGUCUUUAUUGCUAAGUGAUACUCCUAACCUCGUAGCUGCACAUUCACCUCAUAUGAUUAUUGGACCAAACAAUCCUCCUUUGGCAGCUCCAAGUCCUACUGCAAAUGGUCCUGUGGUGAGCCCGGUACAGCUAGCCUGUGCAGAUUUCUUUUCUUGCCCACAACAUCGUCCACUAGUUUAUGGACUUAGUUGUAUGCUGCAGACUGUAACUCUCUGUUGCCCAAGUGCCUUGGUGUGGAAUUAUUCCACAAAUGAAAAUAAGAGCAUUAAUCCAGGCUCUCCUCUGGAUUUACUUCAAGUUGCUCCAUCUAAUUUACCCAUGCCAGGUGGAAAUUCAGCAUUUAAUCAACAGGUUCGGGCAAAGAUUUAUGAAGUAGAACAGCAGAUAAAACAAAGAGGUUGUGCUGUGGAGGUACGAUGGUCUUUCGACAAGUGCCAAGAAUCAACGGCAGGGGUCACCAUCAGCCGAGUUUUGCAUACACUGGAGGUCUUGGAUCGACAUUGUUUUGACCGAUCAGAUUCCAGCAAUUCAAUGGAGUCUCUUUAUCACAAGAUUUUCUGGGCAAACCAGAAUAAGGAUAACCAGGAGAUCGCCCCUAAUGAUGAAGCUGUGGUAACAUUGCUUUGUGAAUGGGCUGUGAGUUGUAAAAGAUCUGGCAAACACAGAGCGAUGGCUGUGGCAAAACUCUUGGAGAAGAGGCAAGCAGAAAUUGAGGCAGAAAGAUGUGGUGAGUCAGAAGUGCUAGAUGAAAAAGAAUCCAUUUCUUCAGCUUCUCUCACUGGAUCCAGCCUUCCUGUUUUUCAGAAUGUCCUACUUAGGUUUUUAGAUACACAGGCUCCAUCUUUAUCUGACCCAAAGAGUGACUAUGAGAAGACAGAAUUUUUGAAUCUGGUGCUGCUGUUCUGUGAGUUUAUUCGACAUGAAGUUUUCUCCCAUGAUGCAUACAUGUGCACUUUAAUAUCACGUGGGGACUUGUCAGUUACUGCAACUACUCGACCACGCUCACCUACAGGAGAAAUUGUGGAUGAACACUAUUCUAAAGACCAUGAUGUGAAAUUGGAGGAACAUAGUAUUAUGGAACAUAUGGGCAUUGAAUCAGGAACCACUAACAUUUUUGAUGACGUAGACAAGAAUGACUUUAAGACAGAUUUUGGUUCGGAGUUUCCAAUUUUUUCUCCAAUGCCUGGGGAACCUUGUGAGAAUGUGAACUCUUCUUUAGACAGAAGAAUUUCAAUUAACAGUGAGAUGUCGGUGAAGAGAGAAAAAUUGAGAGAACUGAUUUUUCCAUCCAGUUACGACCUCCUUCGCCACUUGCAAUAUGCAACACACUUCCCCAUCCCUCAGGAUGAAUCUUCUAGUCAUGAAUGUAACCAACGCAUGAUUCUUCUUUAUGGUGUUGGCAAAGAGCGUGAUGAGGCAAGGCAUCAGCUGAAGAAGAUUACCAAAGAUAUCCUGAAAAUUCUGAAUAAGAAAAGUACUACUGAAACAGGAGUUGGGGAUGAAGGGCAAAAAGCCAGGAAGAACAAACAAGAAGCAUUUCCAUCUCUUGAGAACGUGUUCACAAAACUGCAGCAACUAUCCUAUUUUGAUCAACAUCAGGUGACAUCUCAGAUCUCCAAUAAUGUUCUGGAACAAAUAACUAGCUUUGCUUCAGGUACAUCGUAUCAUCUCCCUUUGGCUCACCACAUACAACUUAUCUUUGAUCUUAUGGAGCCAGCACUCAACAUCAAUGGGCUUAUUGACUUUGCUAUACAGCUGUUAAAUGAACUGAGUGUUGUGGAAGCAGAACUACUGUUGAAGUCAUCCAGCCUGGCAGGAAGUUACACAACAGGAUUAUGUGUGUGCAUUGUUGCAGUUUUGCGGCGUUACCAUGCCUGCCUAAUUCUAAAUCCAGAGCAGACUGCCCAAGUUUUUGAAGGAUUAUGUGGUGUUGUCAAGCAUGUUGUUAAUCCAUCAGAGUGUUCUUCCCCUGAAAGAUGCAUUUUAGCUUACCUCUAUGAUCUCUAUGUAUCAUGCAGUCACCUACGAAGCAAAUUUGGGGACCUUUUCAGUAGUGCUUGUUCAAAGGUAAAGCAAACCAUAUACAGCAAUGUACAGCCCUCAAACUCCAACUUGUUAUGGGAUCCCGAGUUCAUGUUGGAUUUUAUCGAGAAUCCCUCUGCUCAUAGCAUCAACUACUCGAUACUAGGCAAGAUCCUGAGUGACAAUGCAGCCAAUCGCUACAGCUUUGUUUGUAAUGCACUCAUGAAUGUAUGUAUGGGGCACCAAGAUGCACUAAGAAUUAAUGAUAUAGCUAACCUUUGCGCAGAGUUGACAGCCUGCUGCACGGUGCUAAGUUCAGAAUGGUUAGGGGUUCUAAAGGCACUUUGCUGUUCUUCAAAUCAUGUCUGGGGUUUUAAUGAUCUGCUUUGCAGUGUGGAUGUGAGUGACCUUUCAUUCCAUGAUUCACUGGCCACUUUCAUUGCUAUACUGAUAGCCCGGCAAUGUUUUUCUUUGGAGGAUGUUGUUCAGCAUGUUGCACUUCCCUCUCUUCUUGCGGCAGCCUGUGGAGACCCAGAUGCUGAACCUGGAGCAAGAAUGACAUGCCGUCUUCUGCUUCAUCUCUUUAGAACACCCCAGCUCUACCUGUUACCCCAAGCAACGGGGAAGUCAUUUCCAGAAAUUCGCUCUUCUUGUGACCGCCACCUUUUAACUGCUGCUCACAACAGCAUUGAAGUAGGAGCUGUGUUCGCUGUCUUAAAAGCAAUUUUGAUGCUUGGUGAUGCGGAAAUUGGCAGCAGCGGUGUUAACUCUUUGAAGAAGGAGGACUUUACUAUGAGAGGUUUAUUAGAUGACCUUAAUGAUGAUGAAAUUUGGGGUGCCUCACACUCACUGAAAUGUGGAAAAGCUGUUUCCAUAGAAACUGCUAGUCUAAGUGAAUACGCUAGAUAUGUGCUAAGAACUAUUUGCCAGCAGGAAUGGGUGGGAGAGCACUGCUUGAAAGAACCUGAGAGGCUAUGCACGGACAAAGAUCUUGUAUUGGAUCCUGUUCUUUCAAACAAGCAAGCACAGAAACUACUGCAGCUUAUCUGCUACCCUCAUGGUAUUAAAGAAUGCCUGGAGAGCGACAACACGCAAAGACAACACAUCAAGCGCAUACUUCAGAACUUAGAUCAAUGGACUCUCAGGCAGUCUUGGUUGGAGCUCCAGCUAAUGAUCAAACAGUGCAUGAAGGAGCCUGGUUCUGGGUCUGUGGCUGAAAUGAACAGCUUGUUGGAUAAUAUUGCAAAGGCGACAAUAGAGGUGUUUCAGCAAUCCGCUGAUCUAAACAAUAACUCUUCUAACUCUGGUAUAGGCCUCUUCAAUCCAAACUCUGUUGGAAAUGCUGACACAAGUAAUACAAGACAGAAUGGUAAAAAGACAUUCCUAAGCUCUUCUGAACGUCAAGGCGUAUGGUUGGUGGCUCCCUUGAUUGCAAAACUGCCUACCUCAGUUCAGGGUAGGGUCCUGAAAGCUGCUGGAGAAGAGCUAGAGAAAGGUCAGCAUUUGGGAUCAUCCUCAAAGAAGGAGAGAGAUAGACAAAAGCAAAAAAGCAUGUCUCUAUUGAGUCAGCAGCCUUUCCUUUCUUUGGUACUCACUUGCCUUAAAGGACAGGAUGAGCAACGGGAAGGGCUUCUAACCUCACUGCAAAAUCAAGUUAAUCAGAUCCUAAGUAACUGGAGGGAAGAACGAUACCAGGAUGAUGUUAAAGCUAGGCAGAUGAUGCAUGAAGCCUUACAACUACGUCUUAAUUUGGUUGGUGGAAUGUUUGACACUGUGCAGAGAAGUACUCAGUGGACUACAGACUGGGCAUUGCUGCUCCUUCAGAUAAUUACUUCAGGAACUGUUGAUAUGCAAACCAACAAUGAAUUAUUCACAACUGUGCUUGAUAUGCUGGGAGUUCUCAUCAAUGGAACUUUAGCCUCUGACCUAUCAAAUGCAUCCCAAGGGGGGUCAGAAGAAAACAAAAGGGCAUACAUGAAUUUAGUGAAAAAGUUGAAAAAAGAGCUAGGAGACAAGUGUUCGGAAAGUAUUGACAGAGUUCGCCAGUUGCUACCUUUGCCAAAACAGACGUGUGACAUUAUCACCUGUGAGCCGAUGGGAUCUUUGAUUGACACCAAGGGAAACAAAAUUGCAGGAUUUGACUCUAUAGAUAAGAAACAGGGUCUUCAGGUAUCAACAAAACAGAAAGUGUCCUCUUGGGAUUUAUUUGAGGGUCAUAAAAAUCCUGCUCCACUUUCCUGGGCUUGGUUUGGUACAGUUCGAGUUGAUAGGAAAGUGAUUAAGUAUGAGGAACAGCAGCAUCUUCUCCUAUACCACACACAUCCCAAACCCAAGCCACGAAGCUACUACCUCGAGCCCUUAUCGCUUCCUCCUGAGGAGGAAGAGGAAGAGCCUACAACCCCCAUUUCUCAGGAACUAGAAAGGAAAUCAGCAGAGCUGUCAGAUCAGGGAAAGCCGAGCACAGAUGAAGAGAAGAAAACAAAAGGCAGGAAAAGAAAGACAAAAUCAAACUCAAGAACUGAUGAAUAUCCACAGAACAACUUAUAUAGAGUGCCUCCCAACUAUUCACCGAUUUCCUCUCAAAUGAUGCAUCAUCCCCAGUCUGCCUUGUGGGGUUAUAAUAUUAUGGGACAACCACAACAGCCUAGUUUUUUUGUUCAGAACCAGCCCCUGACACCAGGUUCCCGAUUGGAUCCUACAGGAUCUUUUCUUCCAACGAACACCAAACAAGCCCUGUCAAACAUGCUACAGAGGCGUUCUGGCACCAUGAUGCAACCACCCUCCAUACAUGCAAUUACGUCUCAGCAGCAGCUGCUUCAGAUGAAACUUCUGCAGCAGCAGCAGCAACAGCGGCUACUCAGGCAGCAAGCCCAGACAAGACCUUACCAACAGGGCCAGCCAAUAGAUCAGGCUGCUAUUUUCGCUCAGCAAGUACGUCCUCCUCCCCAGCUUCCACAGUACCCAGGGUUACAGCAGACACAGACUGUGCCUCAUGGGUACACAAUGUAUAGUACUCAGAUGCCUUUGCAACAACAACAGGCUAGUGGCAUAGUGCUUUCACCCAGCUACAAUCCCAGAACGUAUCCGGCAACUCACUCCAGUCCAGCUCUCAUGGAAAGACUAAGACAGAUGCAGCAACAGCCAAGUGGAUACAUUCAACAGCAGACUGCUGCUUAUAUUCAGCCUUUAACAGGCACUCAGCGACUGACUCAUCAGCCUUUGCAACAGAGUUCCUUGGUCGGAGGGGGACUCGACACUGUACCAACCCCAGCUUCUCACCCAAACCUUAACUCGGUACAGCUGCCUCAGGAACAGAUGAGACAGAGACAACAGCAAAUACGACAACAGCGACUCCUUCAGUUGCAGCAGCAGGGUCAGCAGCCAGCCCUUGGUUUCCAAGCAGUGCAACCACAGCAGCCUUUGUUUCCAAGACAAGGUUUGCAGCAGACACAGCAGCAACAGCAGACGGCUGCUUUAGUCAGACAACUCCAAAAACAGCUCUCUAGUAACCAGCCACAACAAGGAGUGAGCCAAUACGGACACUCUUCACACUUCUGACUCUGGAAGGUGGGAUCGAAAUGUGUUAUGUUUGCACUGAAGAAAACUCAAAAUUCAAUGCACUAGUUAUUGCUAGGAAGCAAAUUUUUAAUUUUUUUCUUUAAUUUUUUUCAAUACGUAUUUUUGUGUUGCAAUUGAUGUGAAUAUGUAACGAAGUGAAAGAGGCUUUUUUUUUUUUUUGCAUUUAACUGGAUUUAAAUGUAUGGAUUUGUGGGCCUAUUUGAAGAAAAGAGUCGUUGCAAUGAAUUUGGUGCUUUUUAGGUACUGUUACUUUAAAAUAGGAUGAAAAUGUUGGAUUUAUUUAUUUGUGGGAAACAUUUUUCUUUUUUUAAGAACUUCACUGGACCAAACUACUGAUUUGAAAGGCACUUCCAAUUUUGGCAUAAAGAUUGAUUUGUUUAUUUAAAGUACUCUCUUUAGUUCAACAGUAAAAUGAGCAUUGAUUUAAAUCAUUAAUUUUGAUUGUUUGUAAUUUUAUUAAGCACUUUAUAAAGUUAUUUGUUUAAAAGUACCCAAUUUUCUCUCGCUUUCAUUGUGGAAAGAAGGUGCUGAAGUGGGUUUCUUGCUUGUAUUAGAGCUUCCGAAGGUUUAUAUAUAAAAGCCACAAUGUAACAUUAAUAAACCUACUAGAAGUAGCCAUGCUUCACAUUUUCUUUUUAGUGCAAAGUUCACUGGCAGUGAACCUUGUGAGGGUACAAAAUGUAGUAACAAAGGCCUGAAUAGUCACAACAGAUUUUGCUCUAAAUCAUUUAGGGCCUGAAACAAGGCCUGCUGCACUCUGAUGGGAAUCUUUCCAUUGAUUUCAAUGUGAACUGGAUCUCAUGUGCUAGAUUUAAUAAAAGUCUCCUUCCAGUUUUUGCCCUUUGGAAGCUUGUGCCAGGGUACAAAGUCCCUCCUCUCCCCACCCUGGAAAAAAAAUCCCUUUUGCUGUUUUUACUGUGCUCUCUCUGGGCCUUGCAUCUAUUGAACUUGCUCUAAAUGAGUUCUUCCUCUAAUAGAUGUAUUUAUUUUGUAUGGAGAAUCACUGAGAGAUUCUUUUCAGUUUUUCUAAAGCAAAUACGGCAGUCCACUACUGUGAGUGCAGUGAAGAAUUCUGGCAUCCAAAUGAAGCUUUUUCUGUAAAUCAAAGUGAGAUGUGGCACCUGAGGCAGAGAACCCAACACGGCUUGGCUAGUCAGUGAGAAAAAGGAGGAAGUAAAACCCAGCUCUCUUGACUGGCAGAUCCCACCUUAAUCACGAUGUAACAUUG